AUACUUGCCGGAUGUCAUUCAACACGCAGAAAGGGACAGAGGGGUUAUCAUAUACGCUGUCGGUGUGGGUGAUUUUGACUCCAGUGAGCUACAGCUUAUAACACACCAUCAUGAAAACCGAGAAUUUGAACUUGAAAAUUUCCAAGACCUCGAUUCGAUCGUAAACAGUCUUCAAUUUCAACUUGCAACAGCUUGCGAUUGUGAUUUGGAGGGAAGCAUUACUGAGGAUUGUAAUCCAUGCUCGGGCGAGUGCACUUGUAAAACCAAUGUUGUGGGCAGAAGAUGUGACGCUUGUGCGAAUGCCACCUACGGCCUAGGAGACUCCGGAUGCCAAGCUUGUAAGUGCAAUCCGUUGGGAACGAUAGAUCCUUUAAUAGAUUGUGACGUCACAACCGGACAGUGUCUUUGCCGGCCUGACGUCACCGGUCGUGCCUGUGAUCGCUGCGUAGAAGGUUUUUAUGGUUUCCCUGAGUGCAGACCAUGCGAGUGCGGAGGCCACUCUGGCUCUUGCGAUCAAGUCACCGGAGUUUGUACAUCAUGUGAUGGAAUGCGAACUGGCGACCACUGCGAAAGAUGCAUUGCUGGCCACUUCUCCGAUAACGAUCAAUGUGUUCCGUGUAAUUGCAACGGAAACAUUGAUCGUUCAGACCCGGAUGCUUGCGACCCAAACACAGGAGAAUGCUUAAAAUGUUUGCACAGCACACAGGGUCCAAGGUGCGAGCAAUGCAAAGAUUUCUUCUUUGGCGAUGCUUUGAGCAACUCUUGCACAAGAUGCGAGUGUGACGUCACAGGAACCGAUUCUUCUACGUGCAACAGCAAUGGUGAAUGUAGAUGUGGUGCAGAUGGUGAAUGCUCCUGUCUUCCUAACUUCGAAGGCACUUCAUGUGAUUCCUGUGUUGCUGGAUCGUGGCGGUCGAGCUCCGAACUGGCAUGCCAGAAAUGCGCCUGUCAAAAUAUAGGAAUUGUGGUGAACAGCACAUGCGAUGCGGUAAGCUUACAAUAGGUAAUUUUACUCAAAAU